UGGAAUUGCUAGUAUCGAUUCCUUCUACUAUGGUUGAAGUUUAAAUGUAUACGUGAUCGGCCCCAUUUCGUACUCGUUCGAGUGAAUCCCUGUUCUGCUGGACAAGGACUUGCUCAAAUAUAUAUUUGUUUGGAUUAAAUCGCUUAAAUCGCCCGCUUUCUCGUAUCUCCACCCCUGAUCCUCCACUUGAAGAGAUAAGAUACAAUCGCCUAUAGAGCUAUAUUUGUAUUGUCCUCGGGAAAUAUAUCAAUACAGGGUUCUGCCAGUGGCUUAGCGUCGGUCCGGAAGACGGAGGUAGCGUCGCAGGUUUUCAGCCGCUGCCCUGGCAAAAUUUCGGGAGUAACCCGGCUCUAGACUUGGACCAGCAAUUCAAGCUAUUUUGGGUGAAUACUUCAGGGCUAUUCUUUCUAAGCAUGGGAACCCCAAUCUAUUAUCCAAGCAGGCCAUACGUAUCGGUGACAGCGACUGAUCGUGUGCUUUCCUCGCCAGAGCUCCUCUGCGAAAUCUUCUCCUGGAUUAACAAGGAUGACACUUUUUGUUGUACGGUAGGCAAUGAGGCGGAGGACGUUUUCUAUGAAAGCAUCGACUGGAGCAAAGUCGGUUCUCUUAGUGAGAUUGACUGGAGCAAUUUUCCAGAGGCUCAUAAUUACGGCAAGCGUGGCGUCUUGCUUCGAUGCAGCCUGGUCAACUCACUAUGGUGGAGCGAGGCUAUCCGAUUUAUAUGGGAACGCCUAUCAGGUGGCCCCUGGAACACCGAUCUCCCAGGCUGCUUUGCGGGAUUUCUUGAUCCUUAUCGCAAACAGUUUCACGCAAACUUGGUCAAGCAAGCUGAUCUAGUCACGAUCGACGAAGAUAAUGCAGACGCCCACGAUCGUCUAAUUGAAGGAGUUAUUUUUUCCAAACUCGAGCGGUUGUGUUUGUACUGCCCAGAAAAUGUUGAUUAUGUUCCACAGCUACAGUGUCCAUCGCUAAAGAUACUGGAGAUUGAUCCGUAUUUUGAAAGUGAAUUCGGUAGAAACAAAUAUGGGCUGAGCCAAGAACAGUGGGAUAAAGUGUUGGAUCGCAUUUCUGUGCUUUUUCCAACCCUUCAAACCGUUAAUUUCUUGGAUUAUGCGCGUGUCUGGCCGGGAGCAUUAACGCGUUUUGAGAAACGCCUACCGGCCUUGGAGGCCUUCGACAAAAAGUCUGUAGUGGAAAGUACAAACACAGAGAUAUGGUGAUCGUAGAAAUGCGCCUCUUCCAGUCCAAUAUUUGUGUUGUGUAUUACAAUUUGCCACAUUCCCGACGGUCAAGAUCUGAAUACUCUCCGAGCUCCUUCCUUCGCGUCUCUUUUACAAUUAUUGGGAACCUCGCAACCAGAAUGCAAUGACAAUAUCGGAUAGACUGCUUCUGUGGUCGUCUUUAUACCUCGGAGCAACGGGGCCGAAAGAAAGAGAGGGGCUGAGAUGUGCUCUGCUAGUUCUUGGGUUCUUGUUUGCUAAGGCUGUUAACCUUCUGUAAUGGUAGCCAGGAGGGGCUGAAACUUGCUGCCGAAAUGAUAGAAGCUAGCCGGUACUCUGAAAUGUCG